AUGGAAUCUACCCAUGGCACGACAAAACUUGACUAUUCCACAAUCACUAAUGAAUCUCUGUUAGGAUUGUCAAAUUGUGAUAUGUUGCUACUUUCUGACAUAUAUUCUCGUUGCUACUCAAAUAAAUUAAAUACAUCACACACGGCAGUUAGUGAAUCACUGGAUUUAGCCUUGACUUUUGAAAGGGUGGCCUUUUUUAAAAAAAUUCUCAAGGACUCUGGAUCAUUUGUCUCUGCUGCUAGGGAAUAUACCCAUCUUGUUGAUUCUCUUGUUACUAAUAUAACAGAAUGUAAAGAUAUUUUGGAUGCUUCUCUAAGCAGAUCAAAUUCAGCCACUGAGACUAUUGCAAAAACAUUGGAAUUUGCCGAUAAAAUGGCGCUUACUCAGUUAAUAAGUACUGAGAUUAUCGACAAAUUUCAUGUAUUGGAAUCGUACGAUUCCAGUGAUAAUUUGAUGUCAUUUGAUGAACGAAUCCAAAAAUUGACUACAAAAGGCUUUAAAUGCAUUGAAUCGAUUAUAAUGGCUCAAAACAUAAUAUCUCAAAAUAGGGAAUACAAAGCCUUAACUGAACUAAUUGAUGUAAAAAAUUUGGAACUUGAUUCUAUUUGCGAGCAAUUAUUUACUCAACUCCAGGAUAUAAUCAGGGAAUACUCCUCUGGAUCCCCAAAUGCAGAAUCAUUUUUCGAAACUAUAUACCUAAAAGAUUGCAAUUUGCCCUUUAACAAAUCAUUCCUAGUACUAUCGCAUAGGAAAAUAUACUUGAAUUACCUUGUAGAGCAUCUCAUACUAGCAAAGAUCAAACGUUUAGCUCAUAUACUAUCAAUAACUCGAUUUGACUCAAUUAACCAUUUGUUAGCAUUUGCCCAUGAAAUACGCGAGGAGGGCAAGGGGUUUAUCAACAUGCUGACAUAUAUGCAAAAAUCGCAAAAACCUCUAAUAGCAUACUAUUCGCAAACUCCAGAAAAUACAGGUCUAAUAAGCCAAUCAGUCGAUGUGGAAACUCCAUCAAAUAACACAUUACAAGAUAAUCCAUUGGUACGAGUUUUGGAUGACAAACUACGCACCUUUACAGUAUCGCACCAUUUGAAAGCAUUGCGCCUGUUAACUUUCUACAUCAAUAAAUAUACAGAAGAGCCAGAUUCUGUACUUUUUUUCUUGGAGAUAUUUAAAAAGUUCAGGGAUGAACUUAUGAAGGAGUUCGAACGCCAAAUUGAUGACAUGGGGGAGGAUUUUGUUCGAGAGACCACUAAUGAAAUUGAAACUGGCCCAGGGCUUAUCAUAUGCGACACUAUUGACAGUCUAAUUAAGAAGUUCACAGAUAAGUAUUACAAAUAA